AUCAUGGUUCAGUUUACACACGCUCUUGCGGCCGCACUGCUAGCGACUGGCGCCAUCGCGCACGGUGACGUUAAUAAGGAGAUCCUAAGGAGGAGAGCCCAUCUUGAACACCCCUACCGCCGCAGCGUGCUCGACUGCAAGCGAGAUCUCGAGGCGAGUGGAUGGGCCCGGAAAAAUCUUGAGAGACGUGAAGCCAGACUCAAUGAGCUUCGGGUUGAAGCUGGCUUUGCCAAGAGAGAUGAAUUGGCCCGUCGUGAGCCCCAGCUCUACAACCCAGAUGCUAGGACGGCGCAAGGAUGUACAACACUCGAUCAGGAGCAAACCGAGGGCCCUUACUGGGUCAGUGGCGAACUCAUCCGACAGGACAUCGUGACAGGCGAGCCGGGUGUCAAGCUUCACCUGGACAUCAACGUUAUCGACGUUACGGAUUGCACGCACGUCGUCGAUACCUUCGUAGAGCUUUGGGGAGCUAACUCGACUGGUGUUUACACUGGUGUGCAAUCCGUUGUCAACGGUGACGGUUCAGCUUCGUCCCUGUCCUCGAAUGCCCUCCGCGGCAUUCAGCCAACUGACGCCAACGGCACCGCGAGGUUCAUUACCGUUGUUCCUGGGCAUUAUGUCGCCCGUACGAACCACCUGCACACCAUCAUUCACCAGGGCGCAAAACUCCUUCCCAACAACACCAUCGAAGGCGGCGUAAUCCCUCACGUCGGUCAGUUCUUCAUUGAACAGGACUGGUUGGACCGGAUUGAGAAGACGGACCCCUACAACACAAACAAACAAAAAGUCGUCCUGAACAAAGACGACGGCCUCUAUGUCUGGGGUUUCAAGGGAGGCGACAAUCCCAACAUCCAGCUCUCGCUUAUUGGCGACAAAAUCGAAGACGGUCUCUACGGCACAAUUGAUGUCGGCAUCAACUCGACUUACAGGCUCGACCCGUCGCCUGUCAACCAGUGGACAGACCACGGCGGCAUACCCGCCGAGGGCAGCCUGUGGAAGGGAUACCCCAACCCGGCAACCUGUAUUGGAUGCCGCCCCCAAAACGAUACUGCUCCGCAGUCCUCGUCUUCUCCGUCCCCGUCCCCUGAGUCUUCACCCGAGCCUCCCCAUAAGAUUGUUGACUUGGACCUCCACAUAUGAUGACUUGGGCGAAAAGAAGAGUCAUGUGAUUUCAGUUGUGGCGCAAAUCCAGGCCAGCCCUCUUGCACGAUUAAGCUGUACAUAGA